AUACCCUCUCCUCUAUUUUAAAAUUUCGAGAUAAACCCUAAACCCUCUUCGCUAUUUCAGAGGCCAACCAAAGGUAAGAUUGCACGUUGGUGUCACUAUUGCGCUGGUGGGUGUGGUAGGGUUCGUCGGAGAUUAAGAUCGAAACCAGGCCACUGCGUGUUGGGAAGGUUGUUGCUGUUAUAAGGGUGCCAAUAUUUAUUAGGGCCUGGGUUUAAGUUAUACAAUCAAAGCUCAAAUCUCUCCGACAAACACAGGGGUGAGUCCCUCUAUGUAGGGUUUAUUGACUUCUUUCUCCGUUCUGCAUUCAUUCCGGGGGCAUCAAAAUCUGCAGCUUCAACUACGUAGGUGUUUGCAUAGAAUGGGGAAAACGGCGUACAAGAGGUUGCUGGGAAGCCAGAGCUUCCGGCAACGCCUUCUUCUCGCUACUCUCUCUUCAACUCCCAUUCUCAUCGAAGACAUUCGUGCUGAUGAGACUUGGCCAGGUCUCCGCAAUCAUGAGAUUUCACUUCUCCGUCUCUUUGAAACUGUCUGCGAUGAUUGCCAUGUAGAAAUCAACGAAACUGGUACCAAAUUAAAGUACAAACCUGGAACUAUUAUCGGUGGCAGGCAACACCGUGCGCACGAUUGUGGCCUCUCGCGCUCCAUUGGCUAUUUUCUGGAGCCACUUAUUGUGUUGUGUUUGUUUGCAAAACAGCCCCUCACCAUUAGGCUCAAAGGAAUUACAAAUGAUUCUAAGGAUCCAUCGGUUGAUACCUUCAAGUCUACUGCUUUACCCAUAUUGAAGCGCUUUGGAGUUCCCUCUGAAGGCUUGGAGCUUAAAAUAGAGAGUCGUGGAUUACCUCCCAAUGGUGGUGGCGAAGUUAUUUUAUCACUUCCUGUUGUUCAGAGUCUAUCUGCUGUUAGUUGGAUUGAUGAAGGUUUUGUGAAAAAAAUUAGAGGAACUACCUUUUCAACAAGAGUGUCUGUUCAGUUUGAAAAUAGCAUGAUUAAAGCAACCCGUGGAAUAGUCAAUCCACUGGUUUCUGAUGUGCACAUUUUCUCUGAUCACAGAUCAGGUCCUCAGGCUGGAAAUUCUCCUGGCUAUGGGAUUUCGCUUGUUGCGGAAACUACUUCUGGUUGCUUCAUCUCUGCAGACACUGCUGUUUCUCAUGCGAGGGAUGAUGAUACUUCUAGUCUUGCAGAUGACGCAAAAAGAGACCUGAUGCCUCCAGAGGAUAUCGGUGUGGGGACUGCCAAUGCUUUACUCGGUGAGAUAGCUCAAAGUGGAGUGGUAGAUUCAACACAUCAGGGCUUGCUAUUUCUUCUUUGUGCACUAUGCCCUCAAGAUGUUUCAAAGGUUCGCGUUGGAAAACUUUCCCAGCACGGCGUUGAAACUCUUAGAAACAUAAGGGAUUUUCUAAAUUUGAAGUUCAUCAUCAAACCAGAGCCGAACUCACAGUCAGUUUUUCUUAAGUGUGUUGGUUAUGGCAUGAAGAACCUUUCUCGAAAGGUAUCAUAAAGCGCGUUCAACAGUGUUAUAAAUCCAAAAUACCAAGUCUGAAAGAAUUGAAAUUUUGAAGCAACUGCUACUUUGACGCCUGGAAAAGAUCUUGUAUAAGAUUCAAAUUUUAAUUUUAAAAACUUUCAUCAUGUAAGUUUUCUAUAAAAUUUGAGUCUUAAAUUAACAUCUCCUUGUCAAUACAAUCAUUGGAUAGGAGGUGAUUCUUUAAGAUGUUUUGUUUGUAGCAAAAGAUUGUUCUUUUUUGCUGCCUAAUCGAUGUUCAAUGAAAUUAGGUUAGAAGUAGUAGUACAUUUAGUUAGAAUUGAUUCGUGAUCUCAAGCUAAAUGAAAGCAUUCAAUCAAAUUUCUUUAGCUGUUUUAUUUAUAGCAUGAUUCCUUAGUUAUUUCAUUAGAGAUCUCCAGACUUAAAACCACAUGAAUGAAGUGCAAAAGAAAAUAUAUUUUAUGUA